AUGGGCUCCCCGCCAAUGCGCCGUGCAGCCAUGACGGAUGAGGAAUUGGCUCGACGUGUCGCACAUCAAGAUGCUGCGAUGGAAAAGAGGAUCGAGCGUCUCAUCAGGGCGUGCAGCGAUGCGGUUGCACAGCGAGUAAGUGCUGGAGUGAUGCACGUCAUGUUCAGUGCGUGGCGGCAAUGUGCCACGAAGGACUUGUUUGCUCGAGCAAAAGAGGGCUGGGACCGACAAUGUGAGGAGCUCUCGACAGCCGCUGAAAAGGCGAGGAGGCGGCUGGAAGAGGAGCAACGAGGCUUUGAAGAUGAACUCGAGAGGUUGGAGCAACGACGUGUGCUGGACACCACAGCCAGUCUAUCUGCAAGAGAAGCUGCGGAAGUUGCAGCAGAGGCCGAGGAAGAAGCCAUCAGAAAGCAUCUCAAGGAGCGGCAGCUCUGGGAGGCGCGCAUGAAAGAAGAAAGACAGAUGCGUGAACGCCUGGAAAGGGAGUUUAGAGAUUCUUUACAGCUGGCGGAAACUCAAGCUGAAGAAAGAGCAGAAGCUCGGUUUGUGCAGGAGAGGCAGCUGUAUGAAGAACGUCUCAAAGAAGAGCGUGAGCGGCGUGUCCGUGCUGAAACAGCAAAAGCGCAGGCUUUGGAUCACUGGGCAGAAGAAGCCAGGAAAUUGAAGAAAAACGCUGUCCAACAAGUUAUGGCUAGCUGGUUGCCAAAGAACUCCAAAGAGCAAGUCGCCCGCCAGCUUCGCAGCAUCGCAACCACGUGGCUGGAGUUGGCAAAGGCCGGCAGCCGCCGGCGUGGGCGGCUCACAGCACUUGACAAGGCAGUGAUGAGCUGGGGGCGCAAGGCCUUGAGUGGCAGACCAGGUCCAUCAUUCCAUGCUUGGCGUGAUGUCAUCAGAGCACAUCGGCGAGCAAAAGCUGCCGUGGGCGUUCUGAGCAGACAAUGGCUUGGAGGCACCAAAGGCCUAAUGGCGUCCUACAUGGCAGAAUGGCGGCAACUGCUGACGCAGAAGCGACAAGAUGAGUUGAAGGCGAAGAGAAAGGCCAGGGCGCACGCCCAGAUCUCACUGCUUGUGGCACAGCAGGGGGCCACAGAUGAGUGUGACACAGCCUUGGGAGAAGCACAGAAGGCUGCUGUGGAGCAGCUGGCAGAGCGCUUGAGGAAGACGAAGAUCGAUGGUGCGGAUGGUGCGGAGGGUGAAGGUCUUUAUGAUGACGCCUUGGCAUUGGUUCGGUAUCUUCGUGCGAGGAAUUGGGACCUGGAUUUGGCGGAAGCUUUAAUUAGAAAAACCGGCACCUGGCGCAGAGACUUUGGCUUCUCCAAGAUUUUCACGGAAAGCAUGGACGAGAUUGCUCAAGAGGCGAGCUUUGGAAACAUCUAUGUACGAGGCUACGACAAGCUGGGGCGGCCUGCUUUGUACCUGAAACCUGGCAGAGAAGGUUUCAAUGCAGAGCCUGCGGCGGUGAAAUAUUUAGUCUAUUGCGUUGAGAGAGCCAUUGCAUGUGUGGAGAAACAGGCCAAGCUUGGGCAAUUGAGGGUUCCGCCAGAGGAUCCGGUCGCUCGAAAAUUCGUGCUGCUGGUGGACUUCCAGGGAGUUGGACUUGGCAGUUUGGUGCCCUUGACCGUCCGAGACCUCAUGGUGGUCAUGCAGGAUCAUUAUCCAGAACGACUUGGAAGCGCUUUCUUUGUAAAUACGCCGUGGCUUCUGCACAGUUUUUUCACAGCAGCUAGCGCUUUUUUGGAUCCUGUGACACUGGCCAAGUUCAACUUUGUGUCUGAAGAGACAUCCCAGACUAUGGAGCAGCACUUUGACCUGUCUGCCCUAGAGAACUCCUUCGGGGGCUGUGAUGAUGAGCCCUUUUGCUCUCACAUAUUUUUAAACACACACAGUGGUGAGGGUGUUUUCGGCUUAGAAUAUUCGGAGCAGUUGCGACUAAGCCCGCAGGAGCUCAAUGCUUUGCAAGCCGACCAUGGCUUUGAGUAUGUGGAGUUUCUGCACGUCUAUCGUCAUUGGCGAGUGCUGCGCCUUCCAUCGCAGAAACGCCACUGGUUGCGGCAAUUGGCCAAGCAGUUGUCACUGUGCGAGGAGGAAGGCAUGGACUAUUUCAUUGAAGCUUCCACACUGCUUCGCUACCUCCGGGCACACGAAUGGGAUGUCGACAAGGCCGCAGCCGCAGUGUGUGCCACAGCUCGUUGGCGCAAGGAGCAUAUCCCUCCACUUGGCGACACCCAGAUGGGACGUUGCUCCGCCCCCAUUGUGCGGGAGUGUGCCCUCGGGCGCUUCUAUUUGAGAGGCUUUGACAAACGUGGCCGUCCCAUCGUGUAUGUAAAAUUCCAUCACGAGGACAGUGGACAUUUCCAAGAGACGAUCAACUAUGUCAUCUAUGUGAUGGAGCGUCUCAUAGCCGUGCUGCGCCGAAAGGAGGAGAGUCUACAAGAGAAGGAAGUUGAUGGAACUGCUGAUGCUGACUGCGCCACGGUGCUAGUGGAUUUCAAUGGAUAUUCACCAUCACACAGGCCGCCAUUGCGGACACUGCUGGAAGCAAUGCGUAUUUUCCAGGAGCACUAUCCAGAUGUUUUUGGGGACAUCUUCCUGUAUCGUCCGCCUGCACGACUCUGCUUUUUCUACCAUGCUUGGCAGAAGAUGCGAUGCUCUUCAUGCCUCACAUUCCCGAUAGCCCCAAAGGGCCGGAGUAAUGUGACCUUGGUGACAUCUGUAUCCCAAUGGAGAAAGAUUGCCCAGUCCCUGUUUGACUACGAGAAGCUCGAAUGGACCUUGGGCGGGAACCAGAGACAACCCUUCACUUCCAAGACCUUUCUGUCCAAGAAGGUGGACGGCGCAAUCUUUGGUACGGAGUUUGAGGCGCAGGCCGCUGCACCAGAGGAAAAGCGCCAGCGUGUGAGCUUCAGUUCCGUGGUGCUGAAAGUAGAGGAAGCUGCAGAUACACCUGCAGUGAUUCGUCAUGAGCCCUUGGAGCCGGAAGGGAUUGUGAGCAGCACCAUCAACACGAUCACAUGGCUCUUCAGGUGA